UAGCAAAUCCCGUUACAAUAAAAUGAAGUAUAAAACAAGACGCACGCGAAACGAACGCGAGCAAGAAAAAAUGUAUAAACUACAGAACAUAUUUGCAUUAAUCUUGUUCAUACUAUUCUCGUUCGCGUUCUAUUUAACUAUAUCCUUCACGCCACUUACAAAGGAAGAGCAAAUGGAACGCUAUAACAAAAUGACAGAAAACGUAGAACCAUUCAGGAAGAACUUGACUGAAUGUGCGCGGCAGGUCAAAGCUUCAAUGGCGGACGUCGAGAACUUCAUAAAACGGAUCCCUCAGGCCUCCUUGCAAGGGAAAUGCUUCGUCGCCUGCAUUCUCAAACGAAACUCUAUCAUAAAGAACAAUAAAAUAAGCAAAGAACAUUUAUUAGAAGCCAAUAAAGCUGUUUAUGGGGAAGAUAGUGAAGUGAUGGCUCGUUUAAAGACUGCGGUAGGUGAGUGUACGCAGGUAGUCGAAGGGAUAUUUGAAGUUUGUGAAUAUGCGUCGGUUUUCAACGAUUGUAUGCAUAUUAAAAUGGAGCAUAUUCUUGAUAAGGUGACGAUGGAGCGACGUAUGGAAGCGAUAGGCAAGAUGACGUCAAACCCUGACCAAUGGAACGAGGAAGAAGAUGAACUCUUAAAGCUGGUUAAAGAUGAAUUAUAGACCUUAUGUUAUUGUAUUACAAUUUACAAUGUAGGUGUAAGUGGAUGGUUGGUUUUCUAACUAAACUUUAUUGAAAUGUUCACUUCGUUCAUUUAUUUAAUAUUAAGGGAUAGAGUGUGAAAAGGCACUGUAUACUAUACUUACUACUAGCUUCUGCCAGCGGCUUAACCUGGGAUAAAAUGUAUCAUAUCACC